UUAAGAAAAUCUGAUAGCACGAAGAUGCUGAACUAGAAGUGAAUUAGAAGCAAAAUUGCGUUAAAGCAAAGAAAGUUAAAAUCGUAGACAACAGAUCGUGCGAACUCGAACGUAAAUUGUGAAUUGUUUUAUCGAAUUUGUUUAUCGAACGAUAAUCCGGAAGCUAAAGUGAUCAGCUUGCGCAAAUUAUAAAAGAGGCCAGCGAAAGGGAACAGGCCGAAUUUUGUAGCGGACGUAUGCACAGGCUACACAGAAAUACACAUGAACAUACGUAGAUGUGUGCAAAGGAAAAUGGUGGAGGGCACAGAGGUGCGAGAAGAUAAGCGCGCGCGACGACGCGACGCGGCGCGUCGCGGCGCCACUACUGCAGCGUAAGGUAACGUAGAAAGUCAGUCCUACGGCGGCGCCUCACCAGUCGUACGCGUUAGGACGCGCUCUUUCGUGGCCCAGCAAUCAGAAAGCGGCCACUUGUGAUUUCGUGUAACCCUUCAGUGCCUCCAAAGAAAAGUCGUCUUCAACCGAAUAAAUUUUUAUCCGAACAAACAGAGAACAAACAAUACACGAGGCUAGUUAAACAAAUCCUAAAAUAAAAUCAAAAGUAAGGAAUAGAAGAAUUUGGAAAAAGAGAGGCAUAGGAUCGGAAGAUAGAAGAGACACGCGGAGGAUCGCGAUUGGAUCCCCGAUCUAAAGAUUGUCAGUGAUCGUCUUGUAUUAAGAGAAAACAGAAUUUUGGUCUGCACGCUGAUCGCGAACGGAUCGAAUAGAACGGAUUGAUCAUCGAAAAUCGAAGAGAGGUUUUCAAGAGACGAAGUCGCUGGAUCAAGUGCCUUGUUCUUUCUAUAUCGCCCCUGGGCGGCUCCUGGCUCUUGCAAGUCUCAUCGGUCCAAACUGACGGACUUAUUCUCAGUUCUCGCAGUACACUCUCUAACCACCGGCAGCAGGAUGUUUUCCUUCUCGAGAGCUUUCCCGCCGAUUCUCUUCGCGACGCUCUUCAUCUGCAUCGGGCUGACACACAGUCUCAAAUGUUAUAAAUGCGGACAGUACAAUGAAGGAGUCGGUAGCAUCACACCGUGUAUCAAUUAUACCGCUCACAUGCAUCUAAAGGAGUGUUUACCCACGGCCGAAUGGUGCAUUAAAUAUGUCAGCGAGGGCUCGACAGUUCGAGACUGCGUGCCAGUGUGCACAGAAAAGGAGGCCUGGAGCACGAGGACGUACUGUUGUCAGGAAGACGGUUGCAACUCAGCUCCGUCGUUCGUAUCUAGCAGCUGCUUGACGAUGCUUGCGAUCACUAUGGCGGCCUUCCUGAUGCUUCGUGGCUAAUACGUCGUUUCCGGCGACCAAGAGACCGCGAAUGGAAGCAACGGGAUCCCUGUAACGCGAGAAUCACCGCGCUAACCGAUUAUCGUCGAUUAUUGUCCUGGCCCUCUUGCUGACUGGACGCUGACCAAUCGAUAGUCCUCGCCGAUCGAUCGGCCCAAAACCUAUCACGUUCCUACCCUAAUCGAUUUUUCUUAUCCCCGUUUCCUGUUUCAACUUAAACUUUCAACGCUGAUUUUGAUUCUGCACGUUGGAUAAUUUCCUAUAAUCCUCCCUCGCGAAUGCAAAAUAUUUUCUGCUUCUUAAUAGCAACGACUUAUUUCUCCUUCUUGUUUUUCUUCUUCUAUAAAUUGAUUUUAAUCACGAGAUUGGAACAAUGAUAAUCAUUUAGGAUAAUUUUGUUAAAUGAAUGGAAAAUCUUCUCGAAAUUCUUCUCGUCCAUUUUCUCAUCUUUUCUCCCGGAGCAAUUUAUCUUUUCUUUGUUGAAAGAAAUACCUAUCGGAGAACUGUAUUUGCUAAUUGGUUUUACUAGUAUAAUACACGAUUCGAACAAAUUCAUGUACAAACAACAACAAAAUAUAAACAACCAAGUGUUAUCAUUCCUUGUAGUUAAAAAUAAUUCAAAUGUAAGUAGGAACAUGAUUCUCUUUCUUUCAAUUUUUCAGUCUUUGUUUUUUAGAACCAUUCGCGAACGACCUUAUUUAGCUUAAAUUUAUUAUAUUAACCAUUUAAAAUACUUUUAUCUCGUUCUACAAAUAAGGCUCAUUGCAAAAAAAUUCAAUUUUCUUUCUUCUCCUAAGAACUCUUACGCGGGUACUCUUCUCCCCGGCCGAAACAUUUCUAACAUAUUCCCAAUCUAAAUGCAUAUUUUUAUAUAAAUUAAACGUAUAUUCUAUGUUUUCAAAUAUUUAGCACCGUAAUUAUUAUUAUCGCCGGUGUAUAUGUUGCGCCUCGUAAAUUACUUUAUAUAAUAAUUCUGUUGACGCAAGUAUUAUGUCCUUGCGAAACAAAUCGAAUAUUCAUUAUCAUUGCAUCUACACUCUUAGAAGAAGAGCAUCAUACCGAACUUGUAGUUACCUUAUAUACUUUUCCAUAAAUUCUCAACUAUCAGUAUACUCGAAUAAAAAUUGACGACAAACCAGGUUGCUAAGAUAUUCCUUAUAAGACAGAAAGUACUCUUAUAUUAUAUUUUAAGUGUUCUUACAUUUAUUUCAUGCUCAGAGGAGACAAAGUUAAAUUUUAACUUUGAUCCAUCGAUCAAGCCGAUUGUACAUUAUAUCACUUUGGAGGAACGGUGUAAAUUCGGCUUCGGCUGUUCUUCCUCUUACGCUGAUGCUCGCCUCCAAGAUUUUCGCUACUGAUCCUUCAAUUCGAUUUAUUCCAAAACUUUCCAAUCCAUCGCUGUGCUUCUUUGACUUCUCGAUCGCGGUUGCGUCGCGUCGCCAUUGUGAGCGUUGGAUUUCUUCAGUCAGGCGUCCGCUCAAACUCGAGUUAAACCAAUGAAAUGAGAUUUUUCAAGACUUUGAACGUGUACUUCGAUAUCUUAUUCGUAUUACAUACUCGUUUUGAUCAUUUCUUAGUAUCGUGGAAUAAUUUUUCAACUUCUUAACUGGUCAAACUAAGUUAACUCAUCAUUUAGAUUUACGAUUCAUGAUUAAAUAUAAUUUUUUUAUUUAUAGAAUUUUUAUCGUUUAAUCAACUAACUGUUAUAGGUUUCCUUUGGAGAUUAAACAAGCAAAUCCCUGUAUCGCAUAGAAGACUUUUAUUUUCGAAAUGAACGAUAUUCAAAAACAUAUCGAUCGAAUCUACUGAAAAUACAAAUUUAAACCUGUUGAUAAACCCAGAGCAAAGAAUGAACCUAAAUCUAUAAAAAAUAACCUGAAAAUAUUGAAAAUGUUUUUAUAUACAUGUAUAUGUAAGUAUGCAUGUACGUAUGUAUAAAUACGUACGUAUGUAUGUAUAAAUACAUACACGCAUGAAAUAAUACAAUAGUCUUAAAAAAGAAGUUGUUUAUCACUACCACAUUGAUAUAUUGUUUCAUUUUUGUUAAACAUAAAAAACAAAAAUAAAUUAUACCACGUUUAUAUUUGCAUCGGAUAAAGCCACCUUAUUAAAUUAAAUGUUUACAUUGUAUUUGAUUUAUCUAAACUCUGCAGAUAUUCUAAUUUAUAAUUAUUCAUCGUUCAAUUUUUUACUUCGACUUUUAGUAGUUUUUCUUUUUCAUCUUAUGUCGAUUGGGAAGCUAGAAGAGUACGGUAGAUUUCUCUGUCGAAAGUGAAUUUUACUUGGCAUUCUGUAUUUAACAAGAACGAUGAUCUUUUUUUCAUUUUCAAUGAAAAAUUACUCCCUCUCCGUAUUCUUUGUUCGCCGCGAAACCUUACUUCUCCGCUUCUCGCCUUAAAAGACUUUUCCCUUGGUUCUCGAUAAUCAAUUUUCGAUUUCUUCAUUCCCCCAGAAUCUUGUUCAUUUUACGAAUCGGUUUUCCAUUUGGCUCCUCAAUUUCUUCCAUUUACCAAGCCUAUUCUUCCACAUUUUCCUUUGUAACGCCUGCUUUUUUGUUUCUUCGCUGAACCUUUCCCGAUAUCCGAAGUAUGUUCUUCGAGUCGCUCCUUCCAAUCUUCCACGACGUUCAUCCGAUCCUUUUUGUCAACGAGAUAAAUCAAUAAAUAAAAUAAAGCAAAACGGAAGGAGGACAAAAAUAUAAAAUAAAACACAAACAAAAGAAAUAUUAAGCCAAGUAUAACCGCGAUGACUGUCGAUUCCAGUCGAGCAAGGAUGGUCACCGUGAUCUCGAGGUAAAAUAUGUCGGACCACAAGAAACUCGUGCCCGUGAUCUCGAUGGCGAAUGAGCGUCAAACGUGAAAUCGGAAACAGAAAAGAACACAGCGCGAAGAUAAAGGGAUUCCCAAAGUGGCUGGUUCGUUCGUGGUCGAUCCAUCUUUCUAUAGAUCGUAAGAUUUCAGAACGAGAAAAGAUCGAGGAAACAACGGGGUAAACAACGGGAUGAAAGUUCAAAGAGGAGAAAGAUAGGAACUGCGGAAGAAGAAAAAUUGAACUCGCGUGAAUAUACAUACAAUGUAUAUUAUAUAACCUACAUACAGACAACAGUUUAACAAGGAACAGUUUAACGAGGAUAAUAAUGAUAACGUUAUUAUUAUGGAUUAUUAUUACUAUUAUUACUAUUGAUUUAUUAUUAUUAUUAUCGUGAAUUAUUAUUACUAUAUUGCUACUAAUUAUUACUAAUUACUACUAUUACGAUUAACUAUUACCAUUACUAAAGAUUAACGACACUAAACAGGAAACAUCACACCGAUUAUACAUAAACUGAAUUAUGCAUAUAUGUAUGUGUGUGUAUAUAUAUACACACAUAUAUACAUAGUAGAGAUAAAGACCGUUAGGCGGCAAAAUUGAGUGGAAAGUUUGUCGAUUAUUACUAUAUUGUAACUUGUAACCGCUUUAAAGUAGCCUUAAUAAUUGUAAUUAACGAACGCACGCGUGAGGUGUUAAACCAAACUGCGUGUACGUUAUUGGUUGGCGAGGGGACAGCGCAUUGCACCGUUUCAAUUCUCUCUACAUUAUAUCUUACUUUCUUUCUUCCAUUCUUCUUUUUCUUUUUUUUUCUUGCUAAAUUAAAUCUACCAGGAAAUCACCUUGUAGAAUCGCGUGGGAUGUUAAAUUCAAGGAAUAACUUCUCAAUCAACAGUUUCAAUUUUUCCACAAUUUCAUUAUUUUCACAUUGCUCACAAGGUCUGUCAAUUAACAGAUCAUUCGUGUAACAAUGAAUCGAUUACCAAGAGUAGAGAUUUACGAGAGUAGCGAUUGUCGCACGAGGUAGUUUCCAGUUCCAUUCUACCACCGAAGCACCCGAUCACAUGCCCAAUGCUCUCUUUCUCUCUCUCUCUCUCUCUAGGUUUUACAAACUUAAAUCAAAUUAAAAAAAGAAUAAAUUUUCCUUCUCUACCAAGUUCUUUUUUUUUUAAUUAAGUGGUAAACCGUCGUCCUCGCGAUUUUUUAAUAAUUUUACAAAUUAAGUAAGAAACGAAGAGCCACUAAUUUUCAAUUGUCAUCAUUUUUAAAACACGGAAUUCGGUCACAUGAUCGAGAUCGAAACGAGCGCAUCCGUGCUCUUCUCUCCGCUGACCAGCAUCUGAAAAUUCCUAAACAGUAUGAACGUAGUACUAUUCAUAGUAGUACUAUUAGCCAGUAAGAGUAAGCCAAGCGAGUCACAAAACUGUAGAGGAAAUGUAAAAAAUCUAAAAAAAAGAUCACGUAGCUCGUCAGAAAUUUACUAGCGAUUACAUAUCUAUUCUUCUGAAAUUAAGUCAAGAGACGAUUUAUCUAAAGUGAGACUUAGCUCGAGUCUAGCGUAAACGAUACUUAACGCUUAAUCAGUUUCCCGUCAUGGAUGUCGACCGAUCGAUUAACGUUGUUAUCGUUGGGCGAAUGUUUCGAGGUAGAUAUAGUAACGUGAGACUGUGAGGCGUAAAGUAAAUAUUUAAAUUAUUCGAUUUCUUUAAGAAGAUAACUCAACUAAGUCGAUUUAUCUAGUCACGGGUUUUUGAUGAAACGUUAUUUCAUUCACAAUGAAAAAGUUAAAUUAAGUUUGGGUUAGGUACUGCCAUUAUGUACUGCAAUGGAAAUUUGUGAAUUUGAAUAGAUAAUGGAUAUAACGUAGACGUAGUAUAACAUGUACACGACAAAAAGAACUAAAGGUGGAAAAGUUAGCGCAGAAUGGAAUGGAAUUUGAAAUAAAAAUUUCUCGUCUGGCGAGAUCUGAGGUAAAAUUAUAUCAAGGCGCAUCAAGAAAAGUGCAUGCAUAUACGAUGAUGAAAAUUGUUUUAAUAUUUACGUCACGGUAUCAUGCGAUAUGGUACAAAUGUUAGGAAUUUGUCAAACAUUGUCACGUCGCAAUAUUUGUUAUUCUUCCGAUAUUCGCACCAUAUCCUUCUGCGCAACUAUUCUUAUAUAUAUAUUAUAGUUAAUUAUAUACAUGCGUGUAUAUAAUUAAUAUUCUGGUACUUACAAUUAGUAUAACGAAAGACACGAUCACGAAUUGAACUUAACAACGACACAAUACGAACUACUCGUUGAAGCUUCCACUGUUUAAAUCCGAUAGCAAUAAGGCGCUUCAGGCUUGAAAUACGAAAAGCUACACGAGUUAUCGAUUUGAUAAUUAAUUAAGAAAGAUGUUUCGUCAGAGACGCAGGAGAAAUCGAGUACGAAUAUCCUAAUUCUAUGAUAUUUUGAAGUACAGAAAGAAUGUUCGCAUUACGGCCACAAUCGUCGUGGAUUACCAGUUUAAGCAUCGCUUACACUUUAUCCAUGUAUUUUUAUAACGCAAAGUGGUGUACGCGUAGAUUCACGAUCGUUGUGGCUCAAACCUGCAUCUUCCACGCGGACAUAUGAUACACGCGUGCAUGAUAAUUGAACUUAACCCUUUCAUAGGCGGCGACAAUAGGUGAAAAUAAAUUUUUCUCUUCCUCUAUACUGCUAAACCAAACGCGUAAACAGUCGUAGAAAACGGAAAACCAAAUUUUAGUAUAAAUAUGAAUUUAAUAAAAUAUAUUCGCCACAACUGAUAAUAUUUACCGCCAUAUUAUUUAUCACCCUUGUUUCUAAGGGAUGCUAUAAAGGAAAGAGAUAAAUUGGUUUUACCGAAUUAAUCGCACAUUCUACUUAAUAUGGUUUAUGUCGAAAAUAUCGUAUUAAAAUUGUGAUUGUACACGUGUGAUAAUUAAUAAGCACUUACUACCCUUAUUCGUAAGCAAUGGUAGUAAGAAAGAGAGAUAAAUUAAUGAAAACAAAUAUAAAAUAUAUUUUAUUGAAUACGAUGCUUUGUACUGAAAUUGUUGCUUUCUUACAAAAAUUAGUAGAGUCGAAGAAAAUUGUGUGCCCACGAAAGGGUUAAGAAAAAUCAAAAGUAGUAAAAAAAACAUAGGUUUUUAAUGAUCUCUACCUCGAAUCAUUUCGUAUUGUUAUACGUAUACAAUAGAGAAAGGAUUGUGAGAAGAAAAGGACAGAAUGAGUUAUUGAAGAAGAGAAGAAAGAACGAGAUCAAUGAAAUGCUUUCGAACAAUAAAUUAACGAGUUGCGACGCCAUAUCACGAUAAUUCUAGACGACUUCUUUAGCGUGUAAGAUUUUACUAUAUCCAACGAGGGAGUCGUUACACCACUUUGUAACGAUAAUAAAUCUAACAUCGUUCCAAGCUCUUAAUAAGUUGGCAGAGGUCAACGAGUAGACGAGAAUAAAGAACGGAGUAAACGAGAAAUUAGAAAAAAAAAACAAGCUUGCGCCUGAAAAGCGUGUCGCACUAACGAAGACCAACGUGCGCACGUCGACACAUGAUUUUCGGGAAAAAAAGUUGUUUGGGGCUGCGAGUAUAGAUGUUACGACGUUUCAACGUACAGCAGCGUGACAUUUUACAUUUGCUUCCAACACUGUUUUGAUAGGUACGUUAUUAAAGAGGUUCGUGAGAGAUAAAAACCGAUAAAAAAACAUACGUCUAAAUAAGACAAUUGUCCUUUUUUACUUCCUAUUGUUUCGUUUCUUAAUUUAAAGAGUAUGCGCAAAGAGGAGGGACGAAGGGAAAUGCGAGAUCAGAGAGUUAAAAAGUUAAGAAGAAUUGCGCAAAACUUUAUUCGCUCACUUCGGUGAAUGAAUAAGCUCGUACCGUCGUUUUCUCUUUUUUUCUUCCUGUAAUGAUUUAGAUACUUGGUGGUAAGAGACGAAAUAGAGUGUGAGACUAGAAAGCGAAAAGAAUUUUAUAAAAGUUCAUUUGUUCUUUACGGUGAAUGAUAAAUUUUUGCGAGUGUACCAAUAAUUUGCAUUCCGACGAUAUAUUAUUUAGCGUGAUGUGCGAUUUAUGUGGUGAUGGCUUCGAAUGGAAGAAUUUUAUUCUUGUGUUAUUUUUCAUUUUAUUAAUUAUCGUAGAAGGAUUUAACAGUUUUCGAAGUUUUAAAACGAAAGAGCGAGAGAGUCAAAAGUGGACAAAAGUGGAAAGAGCAAAGUGGUCAAGCUAGCUCAUCGAAUGGAUAUAUACAGGGUGUUCGGCUGCAGAUGUAACAAAAUUUAAGGAGUGACUCUUAAAGCUAAAAUAAAAUGAAAGUCGAGAAUAGAAACACUGCGUUUCCGGCUUUGUUUUCUAGUUACGGACAAUGAAAAAUCAACUGAAAUAUGCCUGCGCGCGAGCAAAUCUCCUUGCACGAAUGAAAGUAGGUGAUCAGCCUAAACAGCGAGGCGCACAGGGAUCCUUAAAUCGAAGGAUACACGGACAGCAGCUUAGCUCGUACAAGUGAGAGAGACCAUUUCUCUGAAAAAUCGUAGAUUAAACGUUAUUAAACUUGCCUACUCGCGUUAAAACCCAAUUGACAGCGUAUCGAAAAUUUUCCAUAGAGUAGAAAGGACUAACGUUUCUUCGAAUUCUUUGCCUUCGUAAAUAAAUAACAAGCAUAAAUAUAGUAGCAGGUAUAAACGGUGUUUAUAAAAAUUUCAUACAUGCACCGCGAUCGUCCCGUCCGCGGCUGACCGCACAACAAUCGUAUCAAGGAUAAUGAUUGUUUUAUAUUAUAGUAAACGUUCAAUAUAUCCUCUGUUUUCUUGCAAAUAAGGUACAUAAGAAGCACGAUACAUACAAGACGCACUGUACACAUCCCACUGUACAUACAGCUGCACACACUACACACUCAAAUCACUCGCGUUGCAAUGAAAUAAUACUUGGUAUUUCCCUUUUCUAUGGAAAUACAUAGUUUGGUCGAUUACAACUGCAGGUUUCCAAACCUCGACGCAAGGAAGGAGGUAGAAGUAGAAGCUCGACCAACCGCACACUUUUCACGAGCUUCCGGUGGACCGCGUACUCCCGGUCGAGAUUCUGCCAAUUACAAGACCGCAUCGAGUCCUUGAUUAAAUUUCUAGAAACGUUCCACCACUAACACAGAAACGUGUAACUAUAUGUUAAAAGCGGAGAACUGUGUCGCGGAGGAAUCAUCCGUUGGGUAGCUGAUCUCAAUCAUUUCAAAGAAUAUGCUUUUUACAAUUACGUAACCUUUAUGUAGUCAUUGUAGAAAUUAUGUGGUAGAGUCAAGAUAAGAUUGGACUUCGUGUAGAAGAUCGGGGAAUAGAACAGCCGUUCUACUUAUGUACAUUGUAUUUCAGUGAUUCAAGUACCAGGGUGCAAGUAGAUAUUAUUAUUAGGAUUCGGAUCGAAUAACUAGAAAGUUUCGAACCUUCUAGGACUAUUUGCAACAAAAGAAAGAAAUAACAAAAGAUAAGAACAAUACAAGUUUUAAGUAAAUUGUGACUAAACGACGCAAAUCCGAACUUUUUAAUCAUUAUAGAAGUACUUUGAGAGAUACACAGAAAUACAGCCAAGUACGAUCAAACCACAACCAAGUAUGUUGAAUAUUCAAUAAAUAUGUAUACUUUAAUCAUUUAUCAAAGUUAUUUAGCCGAUAUUUUUUAAAUGCGUAUCCUAUAUUGAGUAAUAAACGUAUACAUUUAUUAAAUUGUCUGCUUGUACUCUAGCUUUAACAAAAUAAGUCGUUUAUUUUCGCUAUCGUGCAACAGAUUGCCGUCCGUUUUAUUAUAAAUCCCGGUGAAAAUUUCAUAUUGCAACGCACCUUUCUCUGCUCAAACGGUGGCAUUAUAACGAUUACCGAGAGAGAGAGAAAUUGAAUUGCGACACGUAUAGUCCUAUAGGACAAGUAUGCUAUGUCGUAAACGGUGGAUUUGCCGAGCACAGACUGAAAACAUAGAAAAUCAGACUGGAUAUGUUGCUUGAGAUUUUCUAUCUGUGGAUAUUUUAUAUUCAAAGACUUGUAUCAGCACUUGAAAGAGAUUCUCAGAGUUUGUUUAAAAACGACUGCAUAUCUAGUUGCAGUUAUUCGAAAUUCGACUGUGUUACGUUAUUUAUUUUAGAAUUUGUACGUUCUGUUGUCACAAACGAUCUCACAGAGCGUACCGAUUCUUUAAUAAGUGUCGUCAACGAUUACCAGCCCCUGUGGAUUAAUCAAAACCAUGAACAUUGACAAAGAAUGAGUCCCAAAGGAUUCAGAGCAAGAAGAUGAUUCUAUUCUCUACGACAUAUAUGCAUAUAUAGAUAUGAGGAUACACACACAUUUUUAGUUUAUAGAAUCUGUUUUGAUAAACGAGUAAAUAAUAAAGCGACUAUUAAGAAACGGAA